AUGGUGGACACGACCUUCGACGCGCCUGCGGCAUCCAGGGGCAACUAUGCCUGGGGCUAUCGGCUGGACGGCGACGUGUGGUCGCGCGAGCGCAUCGAGCCCGACGGCGAGGUCGGCGCCAUGGGCGGCCUCGCGACCACCGUGCCCGACUAUGCGCGCUACGUGUCGUUCCUGCUGGACGCCUGGCCGGCGCGCGACGAUCCCGAAACCGGGCCGGUCCGUCGGUCGAGUAUCCGCGAAAUGGUGCUGUGGCAUGCGCCGCCCUUCGUGGCCGAUCCGCUCCCCGAUGCCCGUGCGUCGCAGCCCAGCGCCUACGGCUACGGGCUUACCCAUUCCAGCGACGCGCUUCUCGGCAUGCGGAUCCACCAUGCCGGGGGAUUGCCGGGCUAUGGCUCGCACAAGAUCGAUGCCGAGCUGGCGAUCGCUUCGUACAAGUGGCUGGUGGCUGACGGCAUGGUGCUCGACCCGGUGCGCCAUCGCCUGAUCCUCGAAUAUCUCAACUACGGCUACGCGCCGUUCCGUUAUCGCGAUCUCGAGCGCCUGGCGUCGUUCCAGAACCGCGUGCUGGAGAAGUUCGCGAAGGCGCAUCACGAUGACUUCUUUGACGUGGCGCGCCUGAUGCCUUCCGAUCCCGACCUGUUCGUCGAUGCGAUCCACGGCACGCCGGAAGGCGAGCGGCUGCGCGCCUGGAUCGUGCUGCAGUUCCUCGUGCCGGUGAUCGACCGCCACCUGGCCGACGGCAGCUGGCCGAAGAAAAGCUUUCCGCCGGCUGCGCCGCCCGCGCCCUACACGCCGCGCGUCGUCACCUUCGAUUGCCAGAAGAAAGCCGGCUGA